AUGUUCGCCAAUGCGUUGGAGAACUGGCUGACGGUGGUGGCCGCUCUGAGCAUCUUUGGCUCGCUGCAGGCGUACCUCUCGACCAAUACGCUCAAGGACCGCCAGUUCUCUCUCGCCAAGAAUGAAGUCUCUCCGGUUGCUCGCCGCCUGUUCGGUGCCUGGACGCUGGUCGCUUCCCUCGUCCGCCUCCAGUGCGCUAUGGACUCGACGAACAAGGCCAUCUACCAGACCACCAUCGGCACCUUCCUGGUUGCCUUUGGCGUCUACGGCUACGAGUGCUUCGUCGCCAAGACCGUGCCGUUCAAGCACGCCCUCCCGCCCUUCAUCGCACCUCGCUGGUCUGGAUGCUGUUCUUCCACUGAGCGCGCAAGACAACUGGGCACACGAGCCACACUUGCAAGCCCCCCCCCCAAGAAUGUUGCUUCAUUCUUUCUCCCAUACACGCUGGCUUCUUCCUCUGACUGCUUCCCUUUACGACGUGAGAGUCGGGGUCAAGAGGGUUGUGGCAUUGUGGCAUCAAUGGUGGCAUGCCAAGUUGGGUGA